GGGGGACACAUCAUGCCUCCCACGCAAUCACAGUUUGGAGAGAUGGGGGGCAAAUUUAUGAAAAGCCAGGGGCUAAGCCAGCUCUACCAUAACCAGAGUCAGGGACUCUUAUCCCAGCUGCAAGGACAGUCGAAGGAUAUGCCACCUCGGUUUUCUAAGAAAGGACAGCUUAAUGCAGAUGAGAUUAGUUUGAGGCCUGCUCAGUCGUUCCUAAUGAAUAAAAACCAGGUGCCAAAGCUUCAGCCCCAGAUAACUAUGAUUCCUCCCAGUGCACAGCCACCACGCACUCAAACACCACCUCUGGGACAGACACCACAACUUGGUCUCAAAACUAAUCCACCACUUAUCCAGGAAAAGCCUGCCAAGACUAGCAAAAAGCCACCACCAUCAAAGGAAGAACUACUUAAACAGACUGAAGCCGUUGUGACUGAAUAUCUGAAUAGUGGAAAUGCAAAUGAGGCCGUCAAUGGCAUGAGAGAAAUGAGAGCCCCGAAACACUUUCUUCCUGAGAUGUUAAGCAAAGUGAUCAUCCUGUCACUAGAUAGAAGUGAUGAAGAUAAAGAAAAAGCGAGCUCUUUGAUCAGUUUACUCAAACAGGAAGGAAUAGCCACAAGUGACAACUUCAUGCAGGCUUUCCUGAACGUAUUGGAGCAGUGCCCCAAACUAGAGGUUGACAUCCCCUUGGUGAAAUCUUAUUUGGCACAGUUUGCAGCUCGUGCUAUAAUUUCAGAGUUGGUGAGCAUUUCAGAACUAGCUCAACCACUGGAGAGUGGCACCCACUUCCCUCUCUUCUUACUUUGUCUUCAACAAUUAGCUAAAUUACAAGAUCGAGAAUGGCUAACUGAACUUUUUCAACAAAGCAAGGUCAAUAUGCAGAAAAUGCUGCCAGAAAUUGAUCAGAAUAAAGAUCGAAUGUUGGAGAUUCUGGAAGGAAAGGGAUUGAGUUUCUUAUUCCCGCUCCUUAAAUUGGAGAAGGAACUACUGAAGCAAAUUAAGCUGGAUCCAUCCCCUCAAACUAUAUAUAAAUGGAUUAAAGAUAACAUCUCUCCCAAACUUCAUGUAGAUAAAGGAUUUGUGAACAUCUUAAUGACCAGCUUCUUACAGUACAUUUCUAGUGAAGUAAGCCCACCUAGUGAUGAAACAGAUUCUUCCUCUGCUCCUUCCAAAGAACAGUUAGAGCAGGAGAAACAGCUGCUGCUCUCUUUCAAGCCAGUGAUGCAGAAAUUCCUUCAUGACCAUGUGGAUCUACAGGUCAGUGCCCUGUAUGCUCUGCAGGUGCACUGUUAUAACAGCAGCUUCCCCAAAGGCAUGUUACUUCGAUUUUUUGUUCAUUUCUAUGACAUGGAAAUUAUUGAGGAGGAAGCUUUCGUGGCUUGGAAGGAAGACAUAACUCAAGAGUUUCCAGGAAAAGGCAAGGCUUUGUUCCAGGUAAAUCAGUGGCUAACCUGGCUAGAAACUGCUGAAGAAGAAGAAUCAGAGGAAGAAGCUGACUAAAGAACCAGCCAAAGCCUUAAAUUGUGCAAAGCAUACUAUGAUGUAACUGCAUUUGACCUAACCACUGCGAAAAUUCAUUCCGCUGUAACGUUUUUCACAAUAUUUAAAGCAGAAGCACGUCA